GUUCCCAUGGGUGAACUACCAAGAUGGCAAUCUCAACAUUUCCAUCCCAGUGUUUAGUAUACACGGUAACCAUGAUGAUCCCACAGGGGCAGAUGCACUCUGUGCCCUGGAUGUUUUAAGUUGUGCAGGAUUAAUAAAUCACUUUGGACGUUCAAUGUCGGUGGAGAAGAUAGAUAUUAGUCCAGUUUUGCUUCAAAAAGGAAGUACAAAAAUUGCCUUAUAUGGUUUAGGCUCCAUUCCAGAUGAAAGGCUCUAUCGAAUGUUCGUCAAUAAAAAAGUAACAAUGUUGAGACCAAAAGAAGAUGAGAGUUCUUGGUUUAACUUAUUUAUGAUUCAUCAGAACCG